AUGGAGCAAAACACACUUACGCGACGUGGAGUCGGCCUUCGUGGCUUGGACAAGGACCUUGUGUCCCCAGGAUACCUCCUCUACGCUCACUUGACCAGCCCGGGCACAGUACGACUGAUUGCCAAUGACGGGAUGGAAGUCCACCGCUGGAACCUGCCUUUCCGUCCGGGACGUCACGCCCGCAUCCUGCCCAACGGCAAUCUAGCCUACAACGGUGUCCAUCCUGAUGCCCCAAGGCUGUUCCCCAUGUGGCAGAAGUACCGCGGCGGAGUCAUGAUGCAAGUCGACCCUGACGGCAAGGUCGUGUCUGAAUACCGGGAUCCGCUGGCCCACCACGACCAGCACCACCUUGACAAUGGCCAGAUCCUGUACACGACGCUGGAAGCUCUCACUCCGGAACAAGCCGCGACAGUCUCCGGCGGCAUCCCGUCGUCCGAGGCGCCCAGUGGACACGUGUACGCCGACUGCAUCAAGCUGGUUGAUCCCGCCGACGGCGGCAAAGUGCUGUUCCACUGGCGCGCCAUUGAGCACCUCGACCCGGCUGCCUUUCCUCUUCACCCACACUACGCCCGCGAGCACUGGCCACUGAUCAACAGCGUGCACCAGCUUCGGGACGGCAACAUCCUCGCGUCGCUCCGCAGCGUGUCGGCGGUGAUCAUCAUCUCGCGGGAGACAGGCGAGGUCAUGUGGCAUUUGGACAGCACCGUGGUGGCACAGCAGCACUGCGCCAGCGAGCUGGACGACGGGAGCAUCCUGGUGUUCGACAACGGCACGUUCCGCCACCGCGAGAGCUCGACCUACUCACGGGUAAUCCAGGUGGACCGGGCCACGAAGCAGAUCGUGUGGGAGUAUCGCGACCGGUCGUUCCCGUGCGCCUUCUUCACCCCGUUCAUGGGCGGCGCGCAGCGCCUGCGCAACGGCAACACGCUGGUCACCGAGGCCGUGUUCGGCCGCAUGUUCGAGGUGACCCCCGACGGCUGCGUCUGCUUCGAGUACAUCAACCCGCACUUUGCCGACUACAAGCAGCUGAAGGCCCCCGAGCUGGAGGAGAUCGGCUUCGACUAUCCCGCCAACGCCGUCUUCAGGGCCUACAAGUACACCCCGGACCAGGUGCCCUGGCUGCGGCUGCCGAACUGA